UUCAGUGACACAGCACAGAGAAAUACUACUGUUCUUCUUGAUUAUUUACAUCUGGACAUUCUCUGACCUCUGGAUGAAGGACAACAGCAGCUUGUUGAUUAACAAAGAUGAAACCACUUGGGGAACAAGAGAACAGGAAAACGGACAGAAAGCUCCUCAAGCCUCAGGUGGAGAGACGUCGGAGAGAGAGAAUGAACCACAGUCUGGAGAGUCUGAGAACUCUGCUGUUGCAGGGACCACUACAUCAAGGUGUGACUCAGCGUAGAGUGGAGAAAGCUGAGAUCCUGGAACACACUGUUCUCUUUCGCCAGAACACUGGAGAUGGGGACAGGAAGAAAGGUGAAGAUGGAGAAAAGCAACAUCCCUUCCAGGAUGGCUUCUCAGGCUGCCUGCAGAGAGCUGCACACUUCCUGGGGCAGGAAGGGGAGGGCCUGCAGCUGGAGGCAGCACUGAACUCUACUUUCUCUGCUCGUCUGAACAGCUAUGCCUGUAUGAACACCGAAGUUCCGGCUAAAGCCCACUCUUCCAACUCUCUGCCCAGCACAAUGUGCCACCAGUCCUCACACCUGAUGAAGAUACAGGAGUCCCACUACAGACAACAGCUUUGUGAAGUCUACAGGAGACAUCUGUCUCAUGCUCACAGAGCUCCACCCCGACAUGGAGAUCCCAAACCUCCCCAGCUGCCCCACAGACACGCUGCCAAAGAAGAACCAAUCUCAGAACCUCCCAGGCAGCCAAACACUGGAGAUGGGGACAGGAAGAAAGGUGAAGAUGGAGAAAAGCAACAUCCCUUCCAGGAUGGCUUCUCAGGCUGCCUGCAGAGAGCUGCACACUUCCUGGGGCAGGAAGGGGAGGGCCUGCAGCUGGAGRCAGCACUGAACUCUMCUUUCUCUGCUCRUCUGAACAGCUAUGCCUGUAUGAACAYCGAAGUUCCGGCUAAAGCCCACUCUUCCAACUCUCUGCCCAGCACAAUGUGCCACCAGUCCUCACACCUGAUGAAGAUACAGGAGUCCCACUACAGACAACAGCUUUGUGAAGUCUACAGGAGACAUCUGUCUCAUGCUCACAGAGCUUCACUCCGACAUGGAGAUCCCAAACCUCCCCAGCUGCCCCACAGACACGCUGCCAAAGAAGCCCAAUCUCAGAACCUUCCAGCCAGCCAGUCUGUGUGGAGGCCUUGGCCCUGA